CUGCACGGAAAUAACUCUGUUCAGGACGCACGCGGCCAGCAGGGGACUCUCUCCGUCUAAUUAUUUCAACAAAUGGCACCUGUUUGGUUCAAAAGAAAAGACGGGAGGCCACGCAACUGUUGUAUCCUGGUUCGCUCAAAACUCCAGUCUGACCAUUUUAAGAAACCGGAAAGUCUACAACAAGCUCACUUCGCUACUUUCAGUGAUAAAAGGAAUCAUCCAGAUAAAGUGUGGGCGGACGACUGCUCGUUACUUUUAGCAUUGGGAGCGACACCCACUCUGAAACAUGCCUGUGUUCCUACGACGGCGUAUAUCCCCCGUAAAGCUGGUGCUCCUUGCGGGGACUCUCUUCAUGGUGGUCCUAGUGGUUCUCCAGAGGGAUGUUGACUCUCAGCCUGCUGGUGACCCCUGGUUUCAGGAGCUGGUGGACAAGAAGGAUAAGAUGAUGGUCAUGGUGCGAGAGGCUGUCAACAACAUUGGCUUCCAGAUCGGAGCGCCGCAGCCACAGCAAGUACAGGAGCAGCCCACUGAGGACGCCAAAUGCCCCACUGGAUUCUACAAUCUGGCUGAGCUCAAACCUCACCUGGAGAGACUACCUCAGGACCCCAGAAGCCCCGGGGCUGAUGGGAAGGCAUUUCAGAAAGACCACAUGUCUGUAGAGGAGGCGAAGGAGAAGGAGGAGGGUAUGACACGGCAUUGUUUUAACCAGUUUGCCAGUGACCGCAUCUCGCUAAGUCGCAGUCUUGGAGAUGACACGAGGCCUUCAGAGUGCGUGGAGAGGAAGUUCCGUCGCUGUCCUCCUCUGCCUACGACCAGUGUUAUUAUUGUCUUCCACAAUGAGGGUUGGUCCACCCUCCUCAGGACGGUCUACAGCGUCCUGCACACAUCUCCUGCUUUCCUGCUCAAAGAGAUCAUCUUGGUAGAUGACGCCAGUGUUGCAGAGCACCUGAAGAGCCAACUGGAGGAUUAUGUGCGUCCGCUGAAGAUUGUCCGUGUCCUGAGGCAGCUGGAGAGGAAGGGCCUCAUCACUGCGAGGCUGCUAGGUGCCAGUGUCGCUCAGGGCGAAGUGCUAACCUUUCUCGACGCACACUGUGAGUGUUUCCAUGGUUGGCUGGAGCCCCUGUUGGCCCGCAUCGUUGAGGAACCCACUGCUGUGGUUAGCCCAGAGAUCACCACCAUUGAUCUCAACACCUUUCAGUUCAAUAAGCCUGUGGCCUCAAGCCACGCUUUCAACCGAGGUAACUUUGACUGGAGCCUGACCUUCGGCUGGGAUCCGAUCCCUGAGGAAGCGAGGAAGCUGCGCAAGGAUGAAACUUACCCUGUAAAAACACCUACUUUUGCCGGAGGUCUCUUCUCAAUCUCAAAGGAAUACUUUGAACACAUUGGAACAUACGAUGACAAGAUGGAGAUCUGGGGCGGUGAAAAUAUUGAGAUGUCGUUCAGGGUGUGGCAGUGCGGCGGUCAGCUAGAGAUUAUCCCUUGUUCUGUGGUGGGCCAUGUCUUCCGCACCAAGAGCCCUCACACCUUCCCCAAGGGCACAGAGGUUAUCACUCGCAACCAGGUGCGUCUGGCGGAGGUCUGGAUGGACGACUUCAAGAACAUCUUCUAUCGCCGCAACAAAAAUGCUGCAGUGAUGGCCAGUGAGCACAAGUUUGGGGACAUCUCUGAUCGUCUGAAUCUGAGAGCGAAGCUUCAGUGCAAAAACUUCACCUGGUACUUAAACACAGUCUACCCAGAAGCCUUCAUUCCAGACUUAUCCCCACAAAUAUUUGGAGCCAUUACAAACUCUGGAUCUAAAACGUGUCUGGAUGUUGGGGAGAGUAACCAAGGAGGUAAACCUGUCAUCAUGUACACCUGUCACGACAUGGGAGGCAACCAGUACUUUGAAUACUCGUCUCAUAAGGAGCUGCGUCAUAAUAUUGGAAAGCAGCUGUGUCUUCAUGCCAUACCGUCGCCAGAGUCAGUGAAGAUCGAGCUCUGCCAUCUGAAGGGGAAGGGCACCAGUGUGGCACCACAGCAGGAGUGGGUCUUUACAGAGGAAAAUCUCAUGAAGAACCCCAGUAGUGGGAAAUGUUUACAGCUGAAAGGAGUCCAUCUGCAGAUGGACGACUGUAACGCUGCUGAUCUCUACCAGCACUGGACCUUCCGCUGAAGUCCCUGUCUGCCCAUCAGGUGACCUCUGGCACCUUGUGCCCCCUUCCUCAGACACGGCCCAGAGGAGCCAACUCAAUAUUGAUGCAGAAGGACUUCAUGCUGUGGAGCUUUGGGCAUUUGGCCAUACUGGGUGGACAUGUAAAGAUGGAGAACAAAGAAGUCACAUCUGUUGAAGACGCUCGGGCCUUAACUUGUUUUAAAUUUAUUUAUGAUGGAAACUCAAGACAUUAGAGGUGGCUGGGGAUGAUCAGAAACCAGGGUGUGGAUUUGGCAUUCAGGCGUGGCAGCUCGACUGUGGGGCAAUGACUGUGGGGCAAUGACUGUGGGGCAAUGAUCUUAUUUCAGUGAAUUUACACUCCAUUUUGGAAAAUCACCAUUUAGUGACUUUUAAUUGUCUGACUGUUGAAACGUGAUAAUAUUCACAAG